CUGCUGCUGAUGCUCCUUCGCGGCCUCGGUUCGACGACGGUCGCCUGUGUGGCUUGGUGUGUUUUCAUCACACAAACGCACUCACACUCUCGCACAUUGACGGUCGAGAAGAAGAUGGCAAGUUGCAAGGAUUUUAUCUCGUGAAAAAUGUAAAAUUGUGCACGGUUUUCGUAAUGUUUCGACCUAGAAAUGGUUGCAAAAGUGAACUAAAGUGACAGUGCUUGUAAUGCGAUAGAAAUUUGAUUACGAAACAGUGUUUUAGCGGUGUAAUUUAAAGAAAGAAAAUUUGUCAGGGAGGGGGACCGAAAUUAGUCACCCCCUUGUUGGGCUGGUCGUCGUCGUCGUCGGUGGGUUUUGGACAAGCACAGCAGCAGCGAACGUCGAACAAGGAGGAAUCGCAAAUAAAGAGAUCGCGUCGAAGGAAUUUCUUCUCGUCGUCACCAAAAUAAGUGGUGCUGGUGGUGGCUGACUGGCUGGGAGCAGUAAUAACAAAAACAACAAGCAUUACCAUUGCCCCAGCAGCAGCAGCGCAGCUCUGGCGCAUUUGAGUGCAAAGUGGAAGGCGAAAAAAAGUGAUCAGUGAAGCGAACGCAGUCAGUCGGUGUGCUCUGGGAAAAUGGCUUACAUCAAUGUGGCCGAAUGGAGCAGCGAUCAGGUCACGGACUGGCUCAAAGGCCUCGACAAUUCUAUGUACCACUACGUGCAGUCGUUCACCAACAAUGAAGUUGGUGGCGAACAAUUACUCAACAUACGCCCCUACGAGCUGGAACAACUGGGAAUGUACUCUAUCGGCCAUCAGGAGAUUGUGCUGGAAGCUGUUGGAUAUCUGAGGAAUUUCAACUACAACCUGGACAAAGAGAAUCUACAGCUACUGGCGUUGAAAGUAGCCCUGGCAGCGCGAUCACUGUGCAGACAACUGAAAUACUCCGAUCAAACCAAACUCGAAACGCAGAUAUUGAAGGAUAUUAGCCGUACGGUGGAUGAGGUGAAACCGUUGAUAGGAUGGCUUGAUCGGCCUCCAUUUAGAGGUCAAUGCCAGUUCGAUGAGCUCCGGAAGCAGAUCAUUAAGCUCGGUAUCGAAAUGGCUACGAUGGGUAUGCGCGAUCGAUUUUCCGUCAAGCCGGUUGAAACGAUCUCCCACGUGGCAGAUAAAUUGGCUAAAGUGGCUGACUACAUCAUUCAAGACGUCUCCGAUCCGAUGGUUCUCCAACCGGCGUCGCUGGAUCUGGUGACGUUGAAGAAGCGAGAAUCCGAUCUUGGAUUCUUGGUGAUGCCAAGCUUGAACGGAAUUCACAGGAUUGCUGAAAUAAAAUUUAACUCACCCGCGCACAACUCUGGCAAAGUGGAGGAAGGCGAUGAAAUUGUACAGAUCAACUACCAAACCGUGGUUGGUUGGGAGUACAAAAAAGUGCUGAUGCAGCUGCAGGAAUCGCCACCUGACGUUCUGCUGACGUUGAAAAAACGACCAAAGCAUACGAAGAUUUACGGCCAAAUUUACAUCAAACCGUACCGGUUACCGAGCAAGAAACGAGCGCUGCCGUACCGCCUAGGUGAAAGUCUGCCCAGUCCUCGAACGGAGCUGUUCGCGUUGCAAGAUUUCAGUCUUCCAUUGGCUCGUGUCCCGGAAAAGCAUGUCUCUUCUGAUAGCGAAUCGGAUGGUAGUGACAUUCUAACGCCGACGGAUGUAAAAAAGUCAGACAAAGAUAUUCGACUGUACAUGCCCAAACCGAGGGCGGUUCUCCAAAGGCGGCACACAUUGUCCAACUUCAAAGACCUGGUCGUAUCAGGUUGGCACGAACGCCAGUCGAAGCUGCUUUCCACUGAUCCGCAAAGCCUGCGGGACAAAUCGCUUUCCUUUGGAUUCGGAUUGGAAAUGGCUCCCCGGCCAACGACCUGCUUGGGAAUGGUUGCCGGACCCGGCAAUGCUGCCGGAUCAUCUGAACCGGGUAAACUGAACAGUUUUGCGGGAUUGAAGGGGUCCCUGCCGGACAUCAUCCCACCGAACGAUCCACCAAAGUCAGCUGACGAGGAUGGCGAAGACUACAAACCGGGAAUUUCCAAAGUGGUGCGAUUCGAGUCGAAUAUGAAGUUCGAGGAGUGCCAUGUUGAUACCAAGUAUACCUGCAACGUGGACAAUACAGUGCUGGAAACGUUCGAGCCGAUUCCAUACGCGGACGAAGAACUACCGGCGCAAAGUGUCAACGAACGAGUGAAACGCUUCGAAUCCAUUGCCAACAAACAGUGUGCCAACAGUAGUAAUGUUGCUAGUUCCGCGACAAGUGCUUCCAGUAAUAGCGAAAACAGUAAAGCAACGAUUUCGCAAAGUCAAACCGAGAAAAGUUCAAAUAGCGGUGCAACCAAAGGUGGCAGUGGUAACAGCAAUAUUAGCGCUACUUCAAUCAGCAGUGGCACAAGCGGCCCAAGACCAGGUAUUAAACCGAUACCCAUGCAAAGGCAAAUCUCGCGGGAAACCGAUAUUGCAGAAGCCAUAAACACGGUGCUAAUAAAUCGGGACAAUGUGAAGCGAGGUCGCCUGGACAAGAGUCACAGUACACCCGCAUACGAUGACGAUGCAGACAUACCUCCGGCAAUCGAGCCACGCAAGGAACAUCUAUUCAAAGCACCUCCCGUACCACCUCCACGGCCAAAAAAGACACUCGAAUCAAGCAACAUCAAUCUAGUUCCGGAAAAACCUCCUCCACCAUCGCCGGCGCUCUUAGCGGCGGCCGCCGCCUUAUCCGCACCCACCACUCCGGCUGAUUUGGGAUUCAUCAGUCCUCAGCAAGCAUCCGUUUCCAGCGCUGAUCACGGUGAAGACAACAACAAAUCCAAACUAGCCAAUUUGGUUGAUCUGAAAAAUAGAGACACCACCAGUUCGCACGGGGAGCCACCGCCAAGUCCUUUCGUUCUCUCACCGCCACCAAAACCGGCGGAGCGGAUCGUGGCCCCUCCUAGAAGGGUACCGGUUGCGAAGCACUUUCUAGAAGGACCACUCGAACCCCCUUCGGAAUUGCUUACACCGAACAAAACGAAAGGCUUAACACUGAAGAAGAAAAACUCCAUCCUAUCGAAGAGGCGGAAUGUGUCCCUGAAAACGCUGUGCGUUAGUGACAUACAGGGUCAUCUGUACCGCCGCACGAAAGACAGCAGUGGAUUGGCGUACUGGGCCAAGUACUACUUUGUGCUCAUAGAUACCACACUCUAUGGGUUCAAAUCCAAGGACUCGCACAAAGCCAACAGCAUGGUGUUUUUGUCCGGGUUUACGAUUUCGCUGGCGAAGGAAGUUCAUUCGAAGCCGUACGCGUUUAAGGUGUACCACCCAAACAAGACGUUCUACUUUGCGGCGGAAACUCAGGAAGCGCUCGGUCAAUGGAUGGAGUACAUCAAGCAGGCCACCCUCAAAGGUAAUAAUGCUGCUCCUGGUAGCGGAUCGGCCGAUCACAACGUGAAGGAACUAUUUUCGGAAACCGACAGCUCGGAGGACGAAUUCAGCUUAAUGGAUAGUCAAACCAAGCUUAACCUGUUGUGCACACCAUCUCCCCAACUGUCGUCUUCUGUUAGAAGCACCGAAAGCCAUUCGACGCAUAACGACUCCAAUCAGAGCAGCACUCCAACAUCUUCCAAACAGGACAAGUACCAUCUGAACUUCGGAUCGUUGAAAAAGUUCACCAAAAGCUACCCCUUCAACUCCGAUGGAAACGGGUCCAGCGGCGGCGGCAGCAGUGGGAGCAGCGAGAGCAGGUUUUUCGGAUUUUUUAGCUCGGGCAAAAAUGUAGAAAAAUCCAAUUCUAGUGAAACGCCAGUUCCCACGUCGCAGUUUCGCAGCUACCGAAAGGUUCCGGGCAAUAGUGCUAUUCAUAACCACACACCAAGCCCAUUUUCUGUCGAAGCAAUGCCAUCUGCAGGACAGGAUCAAUUGAAAUCGGCAAGCAAUCUAUCCCUGGCAUCCAUCAGCACCAACCACCAGUACAAUGUUCCUCCGGUCAUUCAGGCCCCUCCCCGUGCACCCACUCCAGUGGAAGAAAGACCUCAACCUGUGAUAAUAGAGCCGACUCCACCGUCGGAACCAUCCACACCCAUUCCUUGCGAAACGGACGAAUUGCUGAAUCGUGCUAAGAAAACCAAACGGAUUUCACCACACAACUUCAUCCAUGCUUCCAAUCCGAAUCUGGUGGAAUUUGAUUUCCAAACGUCCAAGCACAUCCUACAAUCGGUCACCAAUUGGGAUCCGAACCCAUCGCAUGGCAACCAGCACAGCAUGAUCACACUGAAAGAACUAAUGCUGCAAAAACAAGCGGAAGAGGCCCAGGAUAUGUACAAUAAACGUGUUUGCUUAGGCGUAGAGAAAAUGGACGAUCGUAGUUUGAAGAAAACGCUUUCGAAACAGAGUGAUACAAAGCCGGAGAACAUUGUUGUCCACGUCCCGGAAGCGGUCAACAAAAUACAAAAACGGCGUCUUCCGGUCACGCCGGAUUAUGCUCAAAGCUUCAAGCUGGAUGAUGAAGACAUCCUCUAUACAAGGAGCAAAGAAGGCCAAAAGCUACGAGAUUUCGGGUAUGAACUAAUUUCCGGCGAUGAUACAUUCGAUUUGAAAAAUUCUUUAGCCGCAUCUGUUGCUAGUACAAGCACUCACCAUGAUAACAAACGCCACGAGGGCAGUGGCUCAGUCAAAAAGAAAAGUCGCAAUUGGAUCAACUCCGAAAAGCGGAAUGAGGAAUCCUCCUCGUCUGACCGUUCCUUACGGGAUAGCUUCAAAAAGUCCAAAAAUAAAGCAGUCAUGCUAGACAACCUCAAGGCGAGCAGCGAAAAACUGUUCCAGUUCAAACACCACAGCAGCAAUAACGAUAAGGAAUCGUUGAAAACCAAACAACUGGAUAAAACGACUCCAGCGCUCAAUGUGAACCUGAAGCAAUCGGGGGGACCGUUCGGAAGUCUCGGCAAAAGCCACCAUCCCGGAACGCCCCUACUCGAACAGUCGACCAUAUUCAGCUCAACCACCUCAUCGUCCGGUGGCUUUAUUACAUCGAACCACGUUCUCCCUGGCGGAGGAGGCCCCAGUAGCUCAACCAUUACGAGCUACCUUCCCGGUGGAAUCAAAAAGUCCAACACGUGCAAUAGUUCCUCGGACUUUAAGGAAAACACAUCCAAGGUGCAAAAUCUGCGCAAAAACUCGGCCCCGGAGCGUACGACUUCGUACCUGACGAAGCUUUCGUUCAGUGGUUCCUCGGGAAAGACGCCCAAGGAGAAGAAGCUUCUGGGAUCGCCGGGACUGCACCGUGCCAUCUUCGGGAAGAACCAGCAGCAGCCCACGGUCAUAGACCAUGAGAUAUUCUCGCCCAUCACUUUUACUAAGCCAAGCAAUCUCCAACAAUCGGACAGCUCCCUGCAGUCCAGUUCCACCAUUACCAGCACGAUCACGAUCGGCAAUGUCCAAUCGACGGCAACGACCACUUCGGUGCUGACCAGCAACCUCUCGAACCGAACCUCGCCGGACUACCCCAACAUGGAGUACCCGCCGGUGUUUGAACCGGAAACGUACUCGCUCAGCGAUCCGACCAUGACCCUGCUGAAGCGUCGUCAAAAUCAUCACCCGAAAUGACGACCCCCGAGGCGGUUGGCUACACUUCGCGAGCAUGAGUGCGGAUGAAGCUGGUUUUGCUACAAAACUUCAAUACGUGAUUCUUAGCGAUUAGUCUGAAAUGAUAUUAUGUACUCUUAUGGGAUAAAUACUGAUUCGUGUUAAAUUUAGAAUGUUAUACAAUUCCAAUUAAUCGGAAGGU